UAAAUCCCAACAUGGAGAAACCCGCAUCAUUUACACCUUCUGUUUUCAAAUCCAAACCAACCCUGAGCUCCACCACUAGUCAUGCACCCAAGUUUUACAUCGUGCCAGACCAGCCUGCAGCCAUCGGAGUGGAGUCUAUUGAGCUGCUGCUUCAGAUCAUUGUAGAAAAUCCCAGAUCAACUUUAAAUCCUGGCUUGGUGGAUGACACAGCUGCCUCGAUAGAGCCAUACCUACACAGAGCCCCAGGGUUCAACAGGCUGCUGGAUGUCUGGAGCAGUGGCCAUGCAGUGCAGAGUCUGGUCCAGUUUAAAACCAGCGGGGCUCUGCAGUGGCUCGGUGUGACAGGACCCAUGUCGCUGUUAGAAAGAACUGGACUCGCUAAUGCUGUUCGUGAGGGAAGGAAAUUCAGAUCCUCCAAGAUCAACAACAUCACACUGGGAGGUGUGCAGGCUGAUGUGUGUGACUGGUUACUGACGUGCCCAUCAGGGUUUAAGUGUGUGUCCCAGCCUGGCUCUUCAAACUACAGCUGCUCUUCCUUCUGCCACUUUGACCACUGCCACCACCACGGCAUCUGUACACACCAUCCAAGCCAACUUCCCAUUUGCCGCUGCCUUGUAGGAGAGGAUUUCUGGUACAUGGGUCAGAGGUGUGACGUGAGGAUGACUCGGGUGCGGCUCGUGGGCGCAUGUCUCGCCAUCUUACUCAUCAUGGUGACAGUGAUUGGCAUUUUGGCUUUUGUUGCAGUGCGACGCUACAAAGCAGCGUUGAUCCAGGCCAAAGUGGAUCAGACACGGAGCAGCUAUCGCAGGUUCAACCAUUUCGACGAGCUGUCAGGGCGGUUCUGGUUACGUUCAAUGGCAGGAUCAGCAGACUCGCUGGAUAAUCCUGCUUUCACGCGCUCCGAUGAGUUGCUGCACCUGCGGGCACUCGACCGCCCCUGCUGUUACCACGACGACACACUGUCACUGGCGUCCACCUGCCCCAGCCUCGGCACACGAAUCAACACAAUCUAUCCUCACAGCUCACAGUACGGGUGGAGGGGAAGCGAGGUGAGCAUGGGAGACGGUGUGUUGGAUUCAGGUAAGGCCAGUGACCUCUCUGUGUGUAGCUGGCCUGUCGAACCCAUUCAGUGGACUCCUUUCCCACUUCUGCAGCAGCUGGCUUCUAACAGGACACCCAUGGUGAGGGUGUCGAGAACUCGGUCUUACUGUGAAGGCAUGGAGCUGGUAGACAUGGGGAAGAGCUGGACUGCUUGAAACACAAAGAAAAAACAAAAUGUUCUAACACUGGUGUACUCAUUUCGUUUUUGAAUUUCAGGCCUCAACAGUUGUUUUGUUGAUAAAAACAGUAACUCUAUGUGUUUAUAUGUUUAUAUUUGUGAUGGGUUUUUUUGUUAAAUUUUUCAGUGUGUCUAAAAUAUGUCUUAUGUUCAGCCUGACAGGAUAUACUGCCAAAAAAAGAUGAACAACCUGUCUAAAUGUCUAUGCAAUGCUUUAAUACACAUAAAUCUUACUCAGGGCAAGAAUAAAAGUGUUAUAUACUUAGCCUUUUUCAGUAAGUUCCUGUGUAUUUCAACCAUAGACUGUAAAUAAUAAUAACAUACAGUCUAUGAUGUCAACACACUAAGAGUACUAAGGUUAGCAGUUAGCAAUAAAGAGUGAAUUAUUUAGCACACAACGUAAUGCAUACAAACAUUUGACAGAGAGAAGACUACAUCUGUUAAAAUCCAAAAAAGACAUCAGAAAAAAGAGGGAGCUAGUCAAAGGGUGAUAGUUGAUCAUUUUAAAAACCUUUCUUGAACUUAAACGGUGAACAUAAAGCCAUCAUCAGCAUUAGCUUGGCAUAGUGCAAACACUGGAAGCAGUGGGAAAAGUUAGCUUACUCUGUCGGCAAGUGGAAAAAAAAAACCUGCUUUCCUGCAACUUUAAAGUUUACUAAUUAAUAUGUUGUUGAAUGUUCAUGUUGAAGUUCUGUAAAUUAAAUGUAGUAUGAAAAACUGA